CUUCUCUUGUGUUGGAUGUCCAUUUCUCUGCCUGCCGAAGCUCAAAGGGUUGGGUCAGUAUGCGCCCUUCCCAAAAUAACGGGAGCGCGUUUCGAGCCGGUUACGCGCUGUCGAGUUGUCUCACUCGGAUUGAGGCUUGAUGACCGUCAUGACUUGCUCUCGGCUUCGACGUGCAGCCGCCACCAUCGUCAAACGGCCGUAAACGCAAGCCACUGACAUCACCAUGAAAGACCUCACCCACGACGACGCCGAGAACCUGUGGAAGACCUUCGACUACAACGGCAACGGCAUCCUCUCCCUCGCCGAAAUCGACCGCGCCAUCAUCCAAUCGUUCCCUCAGUAUGCCUCCCGGAAACCCGUGAUUAUGCGGGCCUACAAGGCCACCGACGCAUCCAAGGACGGUUUUGUGGACAGGAAGGAGUUUGGGAGGCUUAUGAGCUACCUGGAGAACUAUGAUAGGUUCUACACACAGUUUCAAAAGUUGGAUAAGGAUGGGGAUCAUCGCGUGGAUUUCGCGGAAUUCAGCAAAGGCUGGAAAAGCUUGGGGCUGGACGGGGAUAGCGCACGGAGCACGUUCGAUCAGAUUGAUAAGAAUAAGGGGGGAUAUGUUCUCUUUGAUGAGUUUUGUGCCGCGCUAGCUUCGAAGAAAAUGACAAAGUGAUUGCCAUCGAUCUUCACCGGGAAGGUCGAUUGCAGGAGUUCGGUUUCACACCCCCAUCCGUCCGUAAUCCCAAAAAGUGUCACCCACCCGUUGCGGCGUAAUCUUUGC